UAUGUCAUAAUUAUGCUGAGACGCUUUUUCCUCUCUAAAAAAAAUUCAAUUUCAGAUAAUUUAGAUAAAAAUUGUGAAGCGAUAAAUUGAUAAAGCAAUUCCGUAAUAAAGAAUGAUGCGCAUCCCCUCCAACUCGUUCACACUAAAUCGCCCAGCGAGAGAGCGGUGAUAAUUCUUUUAUUUCAACGCGCGUAUUCGAAAUGGAUGGACGCGUCGUCUCGCUCGUUAUCCUUUUACUUUGCACGUUAAUAAGUGCCCGAGAUGUGAUCAGACGGAAGAGAAUUGUCGGCGGUAUCCCGGCCGCGCAGCCUCCUGAGGACGAUCCGGUGGUUUUUGUGAAUAAAAACGAUCGUGACGCGCGUAUCGUCGGCAUCCGCGAUCCUGACAAGGGAUUCUAUGUUUUUCGUGGAAUCAGAUUUGGGCAGCCACCAACCGGUCGAUCUAGAUUCCAGCGAGCUUCGCCGGUGUAUCUCGAAGGAGAGUACAACGCCACUACGUGGGGACCUCCCUGUCCUCAGCCCAGUCACAAUGAACCCGAUAAAAUCAUCGGAAGCGAAGACUGCCUCUUCCUGAACGUCUUCACCCCAUCGCUUCCAGAUUCCAGCGGCGGCUAUCCCGUACUGGUAUGGAUCCACGGUGGUGGUUUUAGGAGAGGUGCGGCGUGUCAAUACGAAAUGAGACACCUGAUUAAGAAGAAGCUGAUCGUCGUGUCUAUCCAGUACAGAUUAGGGACGUUAGGAUUUCUGAGUACAGGUACACAGGUGAUGCCGGGAAACAACGGUAUGUUCGACAUGGUGCUGGCUAUCGACUGGGUGAAGGAUUAUAUACAUUUCUUCGGCGGUGAUCCAAACAGGAUAACAGCCUUCGGUCACGGCACCGGCGCCAGUUCCGCUAUAAUGCUGUCGUUAUCAAAAUUCUGCGAAAAUCACUUCCACGGUUUGAUCGCAAUGUCCGGCUCCGUUUUAUCUCACUUCGCUGUCGACAAGGACGCCUCCGAGACCGCCAGAUACGUAGCCCGUAAAAACGACUGUCCCACAGACGAUGCGCGAAGAAUGGUGGACUGCCUGCGAGAAUUGCCGGUCGAAAAAUUGAUCGGCGUCGAUUCCCAGUUGGAGAACAUCCGUGCGACUGCCCGAGGUUUCGUCUCCGGCUUGGCCAAUCUGCUGACACCAGGUCCUGUGAUGGAAGGUCCCAACGACGGGAGAUCGCUUCCGAACUUCAUGACCACAUCGCCGGAGGAAUCUUUGAGGCUCGGCGAUUUCCCGUCUAUCCCGCUAUUAACGGGAGUUAUGAAGGACGAAGCGGGAGGUGCCGUUCUCGGUCAAUACAGAGAUGAAGUGCAAAACAAAUUGAGCACGGUCCCGGAUUAUUUGACCAGUGAGUUCAUACCGUAUCUGCAAGGAACUAUUCCAAAUAUGCAGAACGGAUCGCGACUCGUCCCGCAAGCUUUCCGCGGCUACCUCAACAUGUUCCAAGGUGACGGCAAACCGAAUACUAUUGAAAAAGUUGCGGAAGCUUUGGGCGAUUCGCUUUACAACGCUCCCGCAUUUCUGACCGUCGACCACUGGUCCAAAAAAGCUAAUACGUUUUUGUACACUUUCGACCAUAAGGGAAAUAGAAACUAUGGUAAAGACUUUCUCGCCGGAUUGCCAAUCGUCGACGCCAAACGAUCCUCGGAUGGUAAUUUGAAUCACGGCGACGAUCUAGGAUUCAUCUUUGGUCGAAACACAAUUACCGGCGAAAAAGUGAGAGAUGGCGGAAAGCCGGACGAAGCGGAUGAGCGCGUAACGGACAUUUUUACAGAUAUAAUAGCAAAUUUCGCGAGAAGUGGCACGCUUAAUGCACCUGCUACAAACGUACAAUCUAAUGACAGCACUUGGGUGCCAGAUAUAGUUCCACAAUUCUCGGACGACACAAAUUCCUUCGUCAGUAUCACGACAGCUCCGAAAAGCAUGAAAAAUUUUAGAUACUGUGAAAUGGGAUUGUGGACGGUUGUACCAGAACGAUUAAAGUCACCGAUAUGCAGUUUAUACAAAGUACCUCUUCAGUUGAUAGAACAAGGUGCCAAAGUACCGAUAUCCGUAAUUCAGAAACCUGUCGACUCGGUCAACGAAUUUAUUCCCAAAUCUGGCCUUAAUGUCGCGAACAAACUGACAGAUCAGAAAAUCGAAGAACCGAAGAAAAAAGAUACAACGCAACGGAAAACGAAUGAUUUACCGAAGGUACUUGUACCGCAGAUACCAUUCGGUUAAGUUAUUAUUCAUAACACGUUUAUUUUAUACAUAUAUGUUCUUUUAUUGCAAAGAUAUAUGAAAUAAAAGUAUCUAAUAAUUUGAUUUUA